AUUCGCCUUCACGUGAUUUGCACAGAAUAAGUGAAGCCGACACAGAACAUAAAGAUGGAGGGGGCAGUAUAUGCAGAUCUCAUGUUCCAGAGUCAUGAAGUUCGGGACCAAGAGACCCUGAGAAUGGACGACAGGGAGAAUAUGAAGGAAGACAUGAGUUGCACGUCCGAGAAGAACUUGGGAUCUCCCUUCCUCCGACGGCUCUUGGUGGGAUCACUACUGCUGGUCGUCGCCCUCUUCACUCUCACAGUCACGCUACUGUCUUACUAUUUGCCGGUGAGUUCUCAUCUGCGCAGUGCUGAGGCGGAGGCGGAGUCCCUACGCAGGAACAGCAGCCAUUGGUUGGAUGAGCGGGAAAUGGCGCAGAAUGACGCAUUUCAGAUGCAGAAGAACCUGUCCUCCGUACAGAGAGAAUACAGCAUCGUGCAUGACAUCUUGUUACCCCGCCUAUUGUAUAACCAGACCCAGCACCAGAGGGCGCUCCAGGCCAUAGAGAGGCAGCGCAAAGAUGUGAGGAGCGACCUGAGAAAGAUCCAAGAACAUUACGGAUCCUUGAGGAAGAGGAACAUUCUUAUUCCCCGGAGCAGCGAUCUGCUGAGGAACUGUAUAGCCUCAGAACAUGACUCAGCCAUGUUGUGCCCCUUUUGUCCCCCUGGGUGGACACUCUUUGAGACGUCCUGCUAUCUGCACUCUGCAGAAGAUGCUCGGAGCUGGGGGGAGAGUCUGCCCUGGUGCCGGGUACAAGGCGGGCACCUGGUGGUGAUUAAUGAUGAAGAAGAACAGAAUUUCCUGGAGAGUUUAGUAAAUGACACCAUCUGGAUCGGCCUCUCGGACUAUCAUAGAGAAGGGAACUGGCGCUGGGUGGAUGGGACACCGUACGAUUCAACAACAUGGUGCCUCCUCUGGUAACUCAUCCCCAAACGUGAAGUCCUGGAGGUGACCUGGGGACUUCAGGAGCUGGAUCUGGGCCAUCAGUGCCCCUCCCUGGUGACUGGUGCUGCUCUCAUCCCCCGAACCGCCAGAGCCACGGCCAGAUGACAUCGCCACUUGCCCUGCAGGGAGCCCACUGUAUGGGGUCAGAUGUUGCAGACCCCCGGGUGGAUUUGGCUCAACAUUAUCGGCCUCCGCAGCAUCUCCUUCCUCCUCCACCCUUGGCUGAAGCCCCCUCAGCCGUCUCUGCUUCUCUCUCUCCAUUGUAUGAAAGCGGUCUUCAUUUAAAAGUUUUUCCCUAAAUGGCCCGCUGCUCUCUAAAAUAAAAGUUCUCUUCUUCUCCAGUAUCCACUUGUAGUCCCACAACUUGCAGGGCCAGCCUUGCGGCUGCUCUUUGUCUCUAUGGGUUCAGGGGUGGCUGGAGAUGCAUCGCUGCACCUCCUGGCAGAGCGCCUUAACCCGGAGACCUCUGAUGCACUUCCUGACGCUGGUCCCUCCACACCUGGUCGCUGGCUCCCCCUGCCCCCCGCGGACCUGAUUCGGGGGGCAGGUGUUGGGGUUCUCCUCUCCUCGCUCAUGCCUGAACACACGCUCUCCCUCUGGGGAAGGAAGAACGUUGUCCGGCACAGAUGACACGGCAGAGCUCAGAGCGCACACACACCAAACAAUCCAGCAAACGACUUCCUCCACACUCAGCAGACUCACAGGAAGAUGCUCCCUCUAGUGGCCAGACUCCAGAGCUGUACUCACUAUUCUGCUGGUGGAGUCACUGUGUACAUACAUUACAUUACUUAUCCUGUACUGAUCCUGAGUUAUAUCCUGUAUUAUACUCCAGAGCUGUACUCACUAUUCUGCUGGUGGGGUCACUGUGUACAUACAUUACAUUACUUAUCCUGUACUGAUCCUGAGUUAUAUCCUGCAUUAUACUCCAGAGCUGUACUCACUAUUCUGCUGGUGAGGUCACUGUGUACAUACAUUACAUUACUUAUCCUGUACUGAUCCUGAGUUAUAUCCUGUAUUAUACUCCAGAGCUGUACUUCCUAUUCUGCUGGUGAGGUCACUGUGUACAUACAUUACAUUACUUAUCCUCUACUGAUCCUGAGUUAUAUCCUGUAUUAUACUCCAGAGCUGUACUCACAAUUCUGCUGGUGGGGUCACUGUGUACAUACAUUACAUUACUUAUCCUGUACUGAUCCUGAGUUAUAUCCUGUAUUAUACUCCAGAGCUGCACUCACUAUUCUGCUGGUGGAGUCCAUUUCUAUUGAUUUGACUUUUCUAUCAUUCACUGUAUUUGGUUGUCCACUAAUAGUCUGUAGCACCACCUAGAGGUGAGAAGUUGACCUGACGUGCUGACAAUUAUCCAACAUUGGGAACGUUCACCCUCCACUCUGUAAUAACAUGACUGACAUACUGUAUAUAGAGUGUGACACCGUAUUCAUGUCUAUAGCUGUUACUGGAUAUUAGAGCUGUGUAACCCCCAGCGUCCCACCUGUGACCCUUCCUCCUCC